GCAAGGACUGUCAGGUCGGAGAGUGGGAAGAAUGGACCAGCUGCGACAACGGCUGCGGCUAUGGGACCCGGAAGCGGAAGCGCGACGUGACCCAGUACCCUGACAACGGCGGCAACAACUGCCCAGUGCUCAAGCAGCGGCGCGCCUGUGUGGGCUACCAAGCGGACGUGUGCAAACAGAACCUGGUGGAGGAGCAGGUCGAGGAGAAGUCUGAACGAGCUCGUUUGUUGCCCAUUGAGUUUGGCCGCUUCCGGACCAUGAAGAAGUUUGACCCCUGGAAGGGUAUUCUGAAGAAUCUCUACGACAAAUACUUCAACGAAAUCUUCACCAGGGCCACAUACCGAGGCAAGUACAAGAUCCUCUCCACUCACCAUGGCUGUGACAAAUCCGAAUGGGCCAACAUCCUAACAGUCAACACAACCAUCUGCGUGGAAUGCCAACCAGUGGCUAUGAACCGAGAAAUCGGCAUGCGGUGCCUGGGACACGGGGUCUACAAGACGGAGACAGCAUGGAAGGCCGUGGAUGUCCCCCACUGCCACGGGACCUGGGAGAUGAUCGAGGGCCACCAGCCUGAAGUCUGCGAUUACAACGUUGAGGAUGAGGACAAGAGAAAUUUUAUCUUCCUUUGA